UUGCUAUAUAAAACCGAGGUGGCCUGGAGUCGGACUACUUCACCACAGCACUUACUGCGGGCGCGAGAACAACUGCCUAUUCACCCUGCUACCGGACUUGACAACGAUUCGAGCCCCAAGGAGACAGCGGAUAACGGUCCUUCUUCGGACGGCUCCCGCCAAGGCAGACCUCUCCUCUCCCAGCCGGAUAGCCAGUGGAAGGAAAGCUUUUACUGCCGGCGAGACCUCGAUUGCAUCUGCUUCCCAUAGGCGGGGUUCCCUCGGGGCUUGGUGGUCCCUAGGAACUGCUUUUGUACUGAAAGCUAAGGAUACCGAUCGGCUUCUUGCCGCCAUUCUCAUAUUGCUAUCGAAAUGGCCAACACCACCUUCUUCGUCGGGUGGGCGUUAUGGGAGAAGAUGACCUUUGUCCUCGCCUUGAGCAUUGUCAUCGUCUUCUGUAUAGGCCUGGGGAAGCUGUGGUGGACGAACCGGAUCAUGCGGAAACAGGAGGCCCUGGUGGAGGAAAAGAGGGCACGUUUGACCGGGAUGCGGAAGGCGGGUCUUCCCGUCAAACGCGGUGGCAACAUCCCGUUUGGAGUCCGCGCCAUACAAAAAGGCAUCGAGGUAGACGGUAUUUGGAUAUCCCGUCCUGCGACACCAAACCACCCCGAUUCUCCGAAUAAGGUCGCAUCGUUGGCGACGUUGAUAGCCUUGGACUCGUCCGAUUCAGGCCAGAAAGCAAAACAUCUGUCAGACGAUUCGCGGACCCUGUCGGUAUCUACCCUGGACAACACCCGGCCGGGGAGAAGGCGCAGCCCGUCGGAGGGGCCCAACCCCCACAGGCGGCCCACUGACGCCGAGUCGGUAGACAGCAACCCGUCUAUUGCACCACGCGUGUCACCACGCGUCUCACCACGGACCUCGCCACGCGUCUCACAGUUCGCCGCGCCGAAACCGAAAUACCCCCGUCUCGCCAGUGCCUUGAGCGAAGACACGCUCUGGAGGUUAGAAGGACAAGGCCUUGGCAGGUAUGCCGCUGACACUUAUGUUCCGACAUCAUCCACUGCAAAAUACUCUCGUGGACCGAGCCAGAGGAGCUCGGUGGCAUCGUCAGGAGGAGAGUCCAUGGACUCCCUGUCCAAGUCAGGGGGGAUGAGUGCGAGGAGCAGUAGCGGGAGAAGCUACACAUCGGUUCGAAGCUCGCGACUACACUCCUCUAGACACGUCUACGAACCCCGGGCUGGAUACCAUGCGGCCUCUCACAUGCCCCCGGACAGGGAGCCAUACGAUAUGCCUCGGAAUCGGACGCCGAUUUCUCCCAUCCCUCAGAGCGAGACCCACUCUCCGUCCGACUCGAGCCAGGAGCUCCCCUUGCCAGAACCGACCUUCGGACCUGGGGACCUGCAUCUGAACCGGUCCUCGAGGAGGGUGAAUCAUGGCUUCGAGAUUCUGCCGGCUGGCACGUUCGGGUCACUGCAGGAGUUCGGACAUAACGGAAGCAACGACGACCUCGAGGCGGGAGAGGACCAGAGUCAGAGCUCGAAAUCGUCGGCGAGGGACGGGAAGAUGCCGUCUCGGUCGCCACAACAACAACAACAACCACACUAUAGCACACUGCAUUUCUGAACAUUAACUUAAGCGGGAUCGCCGAGUUAUUAAAACACACAUGAUGGGGACGAAAACGAGGAAGGAAACGCCUCGAAGCGACGCAUAAUCUG